GGAUCAGGUUUCAGACCCAAAUAGUUUGAUAUACCAUUUAGAGUUAAAAACAUACCUGACCUGACCUCAGAUCCAGACACUGUGAGUCAGUGGCAAUCAAAGCUGGACUCAGAACUGUGACAUCACUCAAAACCCCAGAGACAGAGCGGGUCAUAGACUCAAACAUUGUGACAUCAUCACACAGUGAGUCAGAGGUAGAGCUGUGUAGAUACCCAAACUCUGUGACAUCACACUGAAUGUCAGAGACGGAACUCUUCAGUACAGUCAUUAAAUCUGGUAUAGGAAUGAGUUUCACAGCUACAGUCAGUGAGUUGGAUAUUGGAAUACAUAUGAUUUUCUAUCUCUAAAACAGGAUGUGGUCACAGGCCAUGGAUAAAAAUAAGGAGAUGCAGAUAAAGAAAUUUAUUCACUAAAGAGCUGCAAUAAAUUGACAUUUAAAAAAAAAUGUAAGCCAACAUAAGCAUGGAAAUAUCCAUCCAUUUAGCAAGAUUUCCUAUUUGUUUUCCACACCUGUUUUCCAGUUCAGCAAAAUUCCAUGUGCAGUGAAUAAAUCCCUUGUUGUCAUACUUUGAGUUAUCCUAGACUAGAUGUAGCUUCUGGAGUACAUGACCCCUGUACCAGCAGCUACAGCCCCGUCUCUAUGUAGGGAGAUCUGCAUAGUGGUAUGGGUUGGAGAGUCCUGGCCACUUUGGCAUUAAGUAGAAUAGUUUGAGAGAAAUGAAUGUAGACAAAUGAAAUGAAACUAAGGAUCCUGGUGGAGUCAUGAACCUCACAGUGCUGAUGCUGGAAAGUGCAAUUUUCAAAAAACAAAGAAUAGGAAUUUCAAAAAUAUAAAGUUUCAAUAGAGGAUUCUCCACUCACCAUAGGUUGUUACACAUACAAUGGUAUGAGAUUGAUCACUUGAAUGGAAUGAGAUUUAUAAUAACCUGUAGAGCAAAUUUCAUCUAUAUAUAGUGUGUUAAAGAAGGCCUGGGCACAGUGUGCAUGGAUAAGCUUACACAGAAGGACAUGAAAAUUUUCCUCCAUGAUGUUUGAUUUGUCUUCCUGGGAAGAUGUCGAUGAGGAGCGGUAGGAGAAAGGAGAGUGUGGGCCCCCGGGAGGAACGCAGAGCAAGGGGACGAGCCUCACCUGGAGCAAUCAGCACUUCGAGUAGUGACAGCAAAAGUGAGAAAGCAAGGCCAAGUGGAAAGGUGAUGAAGGGACGGAUGGAUGAUUCUGUAUCUAAGAGCAGUAAACGAGACAGAGUAAAAGAUUCAUCUGAGAGUGAGGGAGAAGCAGGGAAAACCGAAAAGAAAGUAAAGAUGGAGUCUCCUGAGGUCCCACGUCCCCCACCAGAUGAGGAAAGCCUGGAUGGCCAGAGCUGUAAUGAGGAUGGUGGCAGCGACCCACGUGACAUUGACCAGGAUAACCGUAGCACAUCUCCAAGUCUGCACAGUGGAGAUAGCGAGAGUGAUGCCUCUUCUGUUCCAUCCCCAAAAUCCUUCCCAUCUUUAUACAGGGGGCCUAACUCACCUCAGCCCCCAAGCUCGCCAAUUCCUGAGGUUCCUAUUCUGCCACCCACCUCUCAAGCCCCACAACCAGUUUCACAAAAUGAACUUCCAACUGCCCGAAGCUAUCAAGCCCCACACCUUCCACAACUAUAUCCCAGCAACAGUGGGGUUGUGAAAGCUGGGCCUCAACAACCUGCGCAGGCAAAGCCACCUCCUACCACACCCAUAGCAGGUUUGGGCUCUCCUAGACCCCAGCAGGGUUCUCCCACCGCCUCUGCUAGUGUGUCUACCUGCUCUUCGUCCUCUACAUCUUAUCCUCAUGUGUCUCACAACCUUCCACCUCCCCCUGCACUGCGUCCUCUAAAUGCCUCCCCUGGACUUUCUCCACAAGUAGGAGAAAAGGCUGGACAACCUCUACCUCCUGCACCAUGUACCCUCCGGUACCCACCUUACCCAAGCCAAUACCCAUCUGGUUAUCCCCACCCCUACCCACCACAAGGCAAAUAUGGACAGCCUCAACCAGGUCCACACCAAACAUGGGCUCAAAGUGGCAUAAAUUACAGUCGAAGUGGCGGUGGUCCCCAUUACCCUCAACCGCCUCCCCAGAAUGGACAAGUGGGUGGUGGACAAAAUAUUGCUGGCGGAUUCACAGCCUCCCACCAUGGUGGCACCAGAACUCAGUCCCCUCUUAAUAACCACCCUCCACAUCCAAUACCUCCUGCUGGGCAUAUUCAGUCAGCAGGGUCCCAGGGCAGUGUUCUACACACACAUGGAGGGGCUACAACAGCCAGGGGGCAGUCCCCUAACCAUCCCUCAACAAAUCCACAUCAUCCCCACAUCCUGCCAAACAGAGGGCGCUCCCCCACUUCACAGAGUACUCUGCCUCCUAGUGGCACACCUCAAACAGGACACCACCCACCUCAGAUUCAGCCAGGGGGGCUUAUUUCAUCAAAUGCACCCCUUCAAAGCAGCGGGCAGCAUACAGUUGCAGGAGGAGGAAAUGGUGGUGGACAAUCACCUGCACCAACUAACUCUUCCCAUAUUCUACCCCAACCCUCUUCUGGAGGGGGUAAUUUAGGGUUCCCAUCACAGACAGAGAACCAACAGCCCACACAUCCCAUUUAUCAGCCUCAUUCUUCCCCUUCAGUUUGUAACUAUCCCAACAAUUCUCAAGCGUAUAAUACUAAUUACCCUUUCCAAGGCUAUAAGGGGCCACCUCCACCUGCUCCUCCCUACAAAAGUGGGCCUCCACCGCCUUAUAAGGCAGGAUCUUUUCCAACCUCUACCCCACCCCCUCUCCCUUCCCAAAGUUAUAAGGAGACUUCACCUCCAUCCUCUGCACCUCCUCCUGCACCUCCUGCACCUCCUCCACCAGCUCCUACAGCGGUACAAAUAAAACAGGAACCUCCUGAAGAGUGUGAAGGGGAAGGAGAAAGUCCAGUCCCACCAGUCACCAGCCCCUCUCCACCACCAAAGCUUGUGGACACACCAAGUCAUGCCAGCCAGUCUGCCAGGUUUAACAAGCACCUGGACCGUGGUUAUAACUCCUGUUGCCGGACCGAUCUUUAUUUUGUGCCCCUUGAAGGCUCCAAGCUGUCCAAAAAACGCUCUGAACAAAUAGAAAGAGCACGAAGAGAGAGUGAACAGAGAGCUCGCGAAGAGCGUGACCGCGAGCGUGAGAGGGAGCGUGAGCUGGAGAGGAACGCGAAAAUGGAGUCUCGCUCUCAUGACUGCCCUCAGCUCUGUCCUCAACAGCCUCCUCAUCACCCCUCUUUAACUAUGCCAUCUCCAUCCUCAGCACCCUCACGGCCUCCUCACUUUGAACCUCCUGGAGCUGUGGCUGCUGUUCCUCCUUAUCUGGGUCCUGAUACUCCUGCCCUUCGCACCCUUAGUGAAUAUGCUCGUCCCCAUGUACUUUCACCAGCUGGACGAGCUCCACAGCCUGGACACCCACCUCACCACCCUUUCUACCUACCCCUAGGAGACCCACUUCUUGCCUAUAACCUUCCUGCUGUGUUUGCAAGUGACCCUUCAAGGGCUGAGCGUGAGCUUAGGGAGAGGCUGAAGCCUGGGUAUGAAGUUAAACCAGGGGAGCUGGAUACCCUUCACCCAUCCUCCCUUCCUCUCCCACCUCCUCCAGCAUCACACCAUCAACCUCCACAACCUCCUCCAUCUGCUGCAGGUGUACCUCCUCAAAUGGGGUUACAUCCUGCUUUCACUUAUCAUCAUGGGCAACACGCACAUGCUCAUGCCCUAGAAAGAGAGAGAUUGACCUUGGGGGCUGCUGGUGGAGGACCUGGUGGAGCACCUGGAGGACCUGGAGCAGCGGGGGGUGGCCGUGGAGAGCUGUCCUAUGCAGAGCGUCUGGCUGCAGAGCGGCAGCAUGCUGAAAGAGUGGCGGCUCUGAGUGGAGAUCCUCUCACAAGACUCCAAAUGCUGAAUGUGACCCCUCAUCAUCAUCAGCAUUCACACAUUCACUCCCACUUACACCUACACCAGCAGGAUGCUAUCCAUGCAGCCUCUGCUGCUGUGCACCCCCUUAUGGAUCCACUAACUUCAGGAUCCCAUCUCACACGGAUCCCAUAUCCUGCAGCUGGUCUACCAAAUCCCCUGAUUCCCCACCCCUUGCACGACAGUGAUGUGCUACGGCAGCAAAUCUUUGCGCAUAACAGAAUGGAGGGGGCCCGCCAUCCGGUCACAAGGCACUGUCAGUCAACUGCAGCGAGAGCCUCUCCCUACAGGGACCUCCCGAGCUCCUUGUCUGCUCCCCUCUCUGCCGCUCACCAGCUGCAAGCGAUGCAUGCGCAGUCAGCAGAACUACAGCGCCUUGCCCUGGAGCAACAGCACUGGUUACAGACGCACCACCCCUUGCAGGGAGUCCCUCUCCCUGGGCAAGAAGAUUACUACAGGUGAGGCUCCUCCUCGGGCCUAUCAAUGACCUUUCAUUUGAAGAAGGAAACAGAUAAAACUCUGUAAUGCUGGGUCAGAAGUCAUUUCAUUGAUUAAUGGCAUCUGAAUGGUUAAGAGAGUAAGACCAAGGAAAAGGCUGCAGAGUUGAAGCUGCAAUCUUCUAAGGUUUCAGAAGAGACACCCCAUGAGAGAGAGAGACACUGCGCAACAGAGAGACAACCCAUGACGGAGAGACAUGUUACAACAAGGAUACCCCAUGACAGUGAGACAUCCUAAAACAGAGAUCCCAUGACAAAAAUAGAGCUCACGACAGUGAUACAUCCUAGAACAGAGACAACCUAAAACAGAGACACCUUACGAAAAAGACACCCCACGACAGAGAGAGACCUCGUGACAGCGAUAAUUCCUCAAACAGAGAUUUCCUGAAACAAAACCACCCCACAUUACAGAUAAACAUUCUGUCACACAGAGACACCCUAUUAGAGACAUUCUAAAGAUUAAGAGACACUCCAUAAAAUCCUGUGAUAGAGACAUCAUGCAAAAAAGAAACACCCACUGAUAGAGGCACACUCUGCAACAGACACCCCUGGACAGAGAGACAUUUCAUGACAGGACAGAUUGCCAUGAUAGAGAUACACCCUCCCACUGCACAGACACUUGAUGACAGAGUUACAUCCUACAAACUGACACUCCAAAACAGAGAGACAUGCUGCAACUGAGACAACUUAAGACAAAGAGACACCCCACAAAAGACACAUGCUUGGCUGCUGAGAAACAUCCCGUGACAGAGAGACAUUGUGCAAUAAAGAGACGCCCUACAACUGAGAUUUGACCUGAAAAUGUGAGACAAACCCUGACAGAGAAAUGUACUACAACACAGAGAACAACAAACACACACACACACUGACAAAGAAAGACAUAUAUUGAUAGGGAGACAUCCCAUGACAAAGAUACACCAACUAAAAGACACCCCAUGACAGAGAGGCUCCCUGUAACAGAAAGACACCACAGAGACUCCUGACUGACACGCUGUAGCAGACAUUUUGAGACAGACACCUUCUGGCAGACAUGCACUGCGUGACUGACACCCUGUGACAGACACCUUGUGACAGAUAUACACUGUGUGAUAGACACUGUGUGACUGACACUGUGUGACUGACACACUGUGACAGUCAUGCCCUGUGUGACAGCCAUCCUGUAACAGACAGAUAUUGUGUGACAAACACUCUGUGACCUGUGAAAAAGCUACAGCCUUUUCAUCAGCCUCAGAUUGAACAGACAAACACCCUAUGAUAAAAAACAUUGUGUGACAGACACCUUGUGACAGACAUAUAUUGUAUGACAGACAUUGUGUGACAGACAUUUUGUUACAAACCCUCCAUAACAGAGAACCAAGGAUGGUUCAAAAGAGAUGCACACUAUAAAAGAGAGCAAACCAUCCUUUGAUUGCAGGUGUAAAAAGCUGCCAUCCUGUGGACUUGAGAAGGCUUCACUUCCUUUUAAAAGAUGGAUCCUAAAUGUUGCAGUGUUUUUAUUAGAACACAUGAGACAUAUCUGCCUACCGGCUGAACGUGUCACCUCGAGAUGUCCUCUAACAUCAUCAGCUCUACACAGGAAUCCAUUACCAGGGAGGACAUAUGAUAAGGGGCGUCAUAUGACACAAAUUGGGACAUAACGGAAAGAAAUGGACAGAGAGACCCCUAAUGACACCUCCAUUUUACCUUGUGGUCAAGCAAGUCAGCUACUGGCAGAGACAUCCAAUGACAAAAAAAGUGACAGCUUGUUAUAUGAAACCAACAGUCUCUUCAACAUUAUCAAGUUUUUGUAUGUAAUGUCCACUAAAUGCGUGUCUGGGUAUGAAUGAUCUGGCCUCACAACCCCUGGGAACGUAUGUCUCGGUCUGAAUAAUAGCACUCUCACAAUCCCUCAAUCACAUGUCUGGGUGUGAAUAAUAUUGCCCUCUGAACCCCUUAAAUGUAUGUGUGGGUGUGAAUAAUAUUGUCACCGCUGAUUGGACUGUAUGUGUGGGUGUGAAUAACAUUGUCACAACUGAUUAGACCGUAUGUGUGGGUGUGAAUAAUAUUGACAACGCUGAUUGGACUGUAUGUGUGGGUGUGAAAAAUAUUGUCACUGCUGAUUGGACUGUAUGUGUGGGUGUGAAUAAUAUUGUCACAACUGAUUAGACUGUAUGUGUGGGUGUGAAUAAUUUUGUACUCACAAACUCUCUCAAUGGAAGUCCGAUGUGAAUUGUAUCAUCUUGACAACCCCUUUGGAAAGUAUGUGUGGCUGUUUAUAAGAUUGUCGUAACAACCACAUGCAAUAUAUGUCCAGGCGUGAAAUGUACGCCCGUGUGUGACUGAUAUCUGCUUUGUGACAUGUGUAUCAGGCUGACAAUAAUGUUGGUGAACUUUAUGUGACUCAGCACCAGAACCCAUACCAAGCCUAUUUGCACUGCUUCACCAGACCUCACUAUUCACCCUUAUAUAGGCCCCUUACUACUUGUCCUCAUGGCAUACGCCUUCACCCCAGAGCUUACUAUCUUUGCACUGGUACCCACACAUCGGCCAUCACCAUUUAACCAUUAAUAUCUGCAUUUGAAUUUAGUAUCCACACUCCUUGUAUUGGUAUCCAUAUAGGCCUUACCCACUCACUCUCUUGGUAUUGGCUCCUGUACAUGGGCACCAUACCUCACUAUUCAUCCAGACACUGCCAUCAUUAUUUACUUGCCUUGAUUGGUACACUCACUGGUCCAUACUAAUCAGCCUCCUGUAACCUACAUACACAUUGGCCCUCACUAGUCACCUUCCUAGCUCCACCACGCACUGUGGCCUCAAUAUUCAUCCUUCUUGUGUCACCCACCUGGCACUGCCCCCCUGGCCAUUUCUAUUUACCCUGUGGGUAUCAACAACCAUACCAGUCUCAUCCUCCUGAAAACACCAGUCAUGCUGGACCCCACUCUUAACCUUCCAGACACCAACGCGUUAUUUUUCCUGCAGCCACGGUCAUUUAAACCGGGCAUCACUGCUCACGCUUGUGGCUUUGGCACCCAUACUAUCCACACUAUUCGCCGUACUGGUAUCAGCACUGACCAUAACUAUUCACCCUUUUUUUACCUUCAUAAUAUCGGGACCCACUUAGCCCCCGAUUAUUCACCAAUUAAUAAUUUUGAUAGUUUCCCAAAUUACGCCUGAUUUAUUUUAUAAAUGCAUAGCAAACCAUGGACAAGAAUCACCACAUUGUUUCAGAAUGAGUAGUUGGACAUCAUUGGAUUCAUAUGUGUCUUGAGUUUGUACAGAUCAGUAUAAGUGUGCGUGUCCAUUAACCUGUAUAUAUUUGUAUGUGUGUGCACUAUUGUAACUUGUACAUAUAUAUAUAUGUGCGUGUGUGUGUACCCAAGCAUCUUGUACAUAUAUGUGUAUGUGUGUGUGUGUGUAUAUAUAUAUAUAUAUGUGUGUGUGUGUGUGAGUGCACGCAUGUAAGUGUGCAAAUGUGUUUGUGUGUUUAGGAAUGUAUCUAUGCGUGUGUGUGUGUGUGUGUGCGCGUGUGUAAGAAGCAGGGGAUGUGAGUGUCUGUGGAAAUAUAAUUGUAUAAAUAUAUAUGGAUAUAAUUCCUUUCCAUCAGCCAGGAUCCUCCCGUUUUGUACGCUUCCCUCCUCCUGCGCCUAUGCACAAUGACUUGAAACGGACAUUUGUGUAAUAUGCAGAGGGGGCUCAAAUAAAGUGAACAAGCACUUAAA